AUGCGUCGACGCGGCGGACGCGGCGCCUCCAUCUUCGCCGCUCUCCCAUGGGACCUCAAGAGCACACUCCGCGCCAACCCAGUCGCCGAGCCUCCAAGCGGCUCGUCCAGUAGAGGCGACCUGCUGCCAACGCAACCGCCGAGUGACGAUCACGAGGAAGGUGAUGACCCGGAGGAAGGUGACGAACAGGAGGUGCAAGUCGAGGAGGAGGAGGUUGUCGUCGCUGUCGCGGCAACCCCGGACGAGGCUGGACCCUCUGGCGGUAACCGAAAACGCGCGGCCAACGCACUCGUGUCACCGUCCAAGCGCCAGCGGACGGACGACCACGAACGGCACCCGUGGGACUGCACCGGCCUCGUGCCACGUUACGAGAAGGCCGCAGACGUGCCGGCACAUCUGAAGAAGUACUUCUACCAGCGCCACUCCCUCUUCCCCGCGUACUCGCGCCUCCCGCUCCUCCUCGACGACACGGGGUGGUUCAGCGUGACGCCGUCAGAGAUCGCCGAGCACAUCGCCGAGCGAUGUCGGUCUGACGUGAUUCUCGACGCGUUCUGCGGGGUCGGAGGAAACGCGAUUGCGUUUGCGCGGACUUGCGAGCGCGUCAUUGCCAUGGACAACGACAUUACGCGUCUCUCGCUCGCACGGCAUAAUGCACUGCACUACGGCGUUGCUGACCGCAUCGAGUUCGUGCUCGCCGACUAUGUCGAGUGGGCGCGCGAGUAUGCGCGCCGUGGGGCACAUGCACGGGAGGAAGUGGAUGUGGUGUUUCUUUCGCCGCCGUGGGGCGGGCCAGAAUAUUUGUCCUUUGGUGCGGACGGGUCGCCCACAUACCCUCUCUCUGCUGUCCUUCCCAUCCCUGGCGACGAGCUCUUCGCGAUCACGGCUCCAAUCACGCCCAACAUUGCGUAUUACCUCCCGCGAAACGUUGACGUCGAGGAAGUCGCGUCACUUGCUAACACGCUCGAUGUGCCGCAGAAGGACGCUGAGAAUGGGGCUGAGCGGGGCCGCGAGUGGGUUGAGAUGGAGGAGGAAUGGGUCGGGGACAAGCUCAAGGCUGUUACCGCGUACUACGGUGGUCUGGUGGACGGGGGAUGA